GUCCUUAAGGCAACAGCACUACCCUUGCUGAAGAAGUUUGGAAUUUAUGGUGAAAGUCUGGAAAUCAAGAUCAACCGGAGAGGAAUGCCUCCCAAAGGGGGUGGAGAGAUACUAUUUGCUUGCCCAGUGAGAAAGGUCUUGCAGCCUAUUCAGUUCACAGACCCUGGCAAAAUCAAGCGCAUCAGAGGAACUGCGUACUCUGUCAGAGUGUCACCACAGAUGGCAAACAGAAUGGUGGAAUCUGCAAGGAGCAUCCUGAAUAAGUUCCUCCCAGACAUUUAUAUCUACACAGAUCAUAUGAAGGGGAUCAGCUCUGGAAAAUCGCCAGGUUUUGGCAUGUGCCUUACUGCAGAAACUAUCAAUGGCACUAUUCUCAGUGCUGAGCUAGCCUCAAACCCUCAGGGACAGGGAGCAGCUGUGGUUCCCGAGGAACUUGGCCAGAAUUGUGCUAAGCUGUUGCUUGAGGAGGUCUACAGGGGAGGCUGUGUAGAUUCAACAAAUCAGAGCCUUGCUCUGCUCCUCAUGACCCUUGGACAACGAGAUGUUUCCAAAGUCCUGUUAGGACCUCUGUCUCCAUACACAAUUGAGUUUCUGCGACACCUGAGAAGCUUCUUCCAGAUCAUGUUUAAAAUUGAAACAAAGACCCCUGAGGAAGAGCACAUGGGUGGGGAGAAAGUCUUAAUGACGUGUGUUGGCAUUGGAUUUUCCAACCUUAGCAAAACAAUAAGAUAAGAAACAUCUGCAGACUUCAUUAAAUGAGGUGACAGAAAACACUGCUAAGAACUGAUAAAACCUGCCUUUCUCUGUGCCUGUUCUGGCA